AUGCUCUUCAACCGAUCGCUGCCUGCACCUGCCAGCCUGUCAGGCAUCACCACUCUGGACGGUUCUGGCUUAGAAUAUGUGGACAACUUCAAAUACCUAGGUGUCUGGCCACUGUCCUUGGUCAUCAUGUCUCAGUGUGUGCCCUCUAACCUAUGUGUGCUAAUGCUGCUGCUGACCCUGCUGCUGCUGUCACCAUUCAACUUCAGCUACGAGGGGCUCAGCACAGGACCUGGCUGCCAUCUAUACCCAUUUAACGUGACCAUCCGUAGUGACCGGCGUGGGACAUGUAAGGGAACCCAUGUUGUGUAUGCCUGUGUUGGAUACUGUGAGUCCAGUGCCUUUCCCUCACGCUACUCUGUCCUGGUGGCAUCUAACUUCACUCACAACAUCACCUCAGCGUCAAGAUGUUGUACCAUCAGCAAGGAUGCAAAGAUCAAAGUUCGUCUGGACUGCCCUCGUGCUCGUCAUCACAACGACAUUGAGAUCCUGACGGCGCGGGCCUGUCACUGCGACAUGUGUCGCAAGUCACACUACUGAGAUGCCACUGUCGCCGCGGGAACAUGCACAAGCUGUAUCAUGAGGACUGGGAUAAGAAGGAGUCCCAAGGAGAGCAAUCUGUCAAUCAAAUGUACUGUAUAUGAGAGAGAGAGAGGUUUGUGCAUGCCUAGAAUGGAAUGGUGGAGCAGGGAAAAAAGACUUGAGAAACACUUUUUAUAAUGUUGCUUUUUUAAAGAAUUGUUGGUUUAAACAUUGGUUUAAGACAGAAGAAGACCGUUUGUGACCCUGUAUGAGUUAACACCCUAUUUCCUUUGUAGUGCACUACUUUUGACCAGGGUUCAUAGCGCUCUGGUCAGAAGUACUGCACUUUAAUAGGGAAUAGGGUGCCAUUUGGGAUGCAUUCGUAGGCACUGGCAGCCAGUCAAACCGCUAUAGAUAAUACAAUAAUUAACUCUACAUAGAUCUGCUAUACAGCCCCUACCACAGAACUAGAAUGAGUAGAACUAGAAUCCAACUUUCAAAUCAAUGGGUGGACUGGCAGCCAAUUUGAGUGUUUACCAAUCAAGUUGCCAUGGUCAGAAGUUCCAAUUCUGUUCUAUUAAUUCUAUGGCCACUACACAGCCAGACAUUAAGAGACAAAAGAAUAUACAUUAAACUUAAUUUAUUUUAAUGAGCUUGAACAACUGAUGUUUUGUAAAUAAGUGACAAGAAAGAAUGUUGGAAGUGUUGAGGAAAUAAACAUUUAAAAGAUUACAACAUAUUUUUAAAGAAGUUUUCUGUGUGACAACACUACAGUGGUGUACAUACAGCAAUAUGAAACCCUCUUGG